AUUUAGUUUAAUACUUAAGAUGCAGAUAUGUCAAAUACAAUAAAAGAGUUCCAAUUAUCUCUCGACUCUUAUCACAGGAAGCUCUCACGACUCAUGAAUCUAGUGGCUUCAGGAAAUAGCACGGAAUCAUCGUCGGAUAGUGUUCGGAGUCAUGAUGAUAUGAGCGGAGUAAUGAAAGAUUUGAUAGACCUGAUUGCCUUAACGGAACAACAAAUUGAGCACGAAAGCAAAACACAGGCAGAAAAACUGAAAUUAAUGCACGUCGUUAAUGAAGAUGAUGAAGCUCCCGAUAAUGACUCAAGGCAACUCAACGGAGUUAGUGAUCAUUCUUUGAGUUGCACCGACAGAUCGAAUGAAAAUGAAGUUCUCGAUGAUUUUACGGGCGACACCAAGAAAGUCCUAGCACCCUAUCGGAAACUGAAUGGACAAGUUGAAUACCUUCCAGCUUUCUACUUUGAGAAAGCAUCUAUCAAAACUCCAGCUCAAAGUGACAUUCUGGCAGUGUUUUACUUGACACCACUGGACAAUAAAAUGAGACCGUGUCAUGAUUAUCCGUUUUGUGAACGGAAAAAGUGCAAGUUCUCUCACGGAGAAAGUCUGAAAUUUAGCCAGUUGAGAAAAUUCAAAGGGUUUCAACAUCGGAAACUAAAACAAGGGUUGCAGAUUCUGUUCAGAGAAGGAGAAGAUUCUAAUUUAUGGAGCGAAGGAAGGAUUCGAUCGAUUCCAAGAUUGGAGAAAGAAAAGUCCGGUCAAGCGGAAGAAUCGGCUUCGAUAAGAGUUGUUUCUGAAAAUGGAACUGAGUUUAGCGUGCCUGCAGAGCGAAUAGUUAGUAGGAAAAUUGUCAAAGGAGUCAAUUCUAGUAAGAUAAGCGAUUCUGAAGAUGAAAGUGAGUCCUCAGAUUCUGGAAACUCAUCGGAUGACGAGAUUGAAUUGCGAGCUUCGGGGAAUGGGUUUGGUAAUCGUGAAGGUAUUACAGACACAAGGUGUCCUAACGAUAGACCUUCUAACGAGUUGGAAACCAGUUCAUCGACGCCUGCUAAAAGUGGAGAUCAAAGCUCAAAAAUUGACGAGCGGUUUGGAGGAUGGGAAACGCACACUAAAGGUAUAGGCUCUAAGAUCCUAAUGAAAAUGGGAUACGUCAAAGGCGAGGGCUUGGGAAAAGAUAGAAAGGGAAUAGUAAAACCCGUAGAAGCGGCUAUUUUACCCUCUCGUAAAUCGCUGGAUCACUGCAUGAAAAUGAAAAACGCUAAAAGAAUCAAAACGGUUGGACAGGAUUCGAACUCUGAAUCGUCGUCGAGAAAGAAGCAAAAAAUCGCUGAGAGCGAAGAUGCUGGUGACAAUGGAGGUAAAAUCAUUCCAUCGAAUCGUGAAGGUAAUGGCAUGAAAAGAAGUAAAUCAAGUGGUGAUGUAUUCAACUUCAUGAACAAAAGUGUUGGUUCACGUGCGGAUGUGAACUCACAUGACCCUAAAGAAGUCAAAACAGGAAAUGAUAAAACUGAACAGAAGAGUCAAUCUAUGAACAGCUAUAUUUCUCAGAUUCACAAGCUGUGUGAAGGAAAAUCGCAGCUGCAGUUGAACACAAUGUUGAUGCAGAAACGAGCUGAGUUAGAACAGAGUACGAGAGGUCUGCUGAGUCUGCAGAAAAAGGCAGAGUUGAACUGGGCUUCAGUGGCUCAUCAGAUGCGCGAUCAGAAGCGAGAAGUCGAUCAGUGCAAGCUACACGUGAACACACUAGAACGCAUGGUGGACAAGAAGGCGAAGAGAAAAGAGUUGCAUUUCUGAACUAAAGAUGAUGGUAACUUCUUCAGCUCUGAAACUAUUGGGAGUCUCAGUACUAAGUGGUGAGUUCAAAUUUAAAAACGAAAAAAAAAAAAACUCGAAGAUUGUAUCGAAGAACUUUGCCUGUCAAAGCGAUUAUCACGAUUAACUCCACUAAUUGGAAAAACGUGUCAUUAUUCAGUGCUCGAUUUGAUUUUUCCCUUCCAGACAAAUGUUGCGUUGCCUCACGUUGAGUAAAAAAAACGUAGAUCCGAAGGUUGCUAUGAUAGCUUGAAUUUUAAGUCUUUCAUGUGCGCCCAGAAUUUCUUCAAAACGAUUAUGCUGGAUGGCAAAAAUCACGCAGUGUGUUGGAUGAUUGGUCUGUGCUGUCAAAAGAAUGUACUAUUGAGCAACGAGCAUGUCGGAUGAAAAUUGCAAUGAUCACUUUCGAUUUUAUACAAAAGGAGUUGUAGUGUAGCUUAGCAUUUGUAUCCAUAUUUCUUGAUAAUUGAGCGCUGCAAACUUCGGAAUCGAAUUUUGACCAAGAUUUGAUUGUUCACCAAAAUUUCCAGAAAUCAAUAAAUGAGAAUUGAACCAUGGCUAUGUCUCUGUUGUGAAAUUUCGAGUUCAAUUCAGUGUG